AUGGCCAACCCAAAAGUUUUCUUUGAUAUCACCAUCAACGGUGCUCCAUCUGGACGUAUCAUCUUCGAAUUGUUCAAGGAUGUUGUCCCAAAGACUGCUGAGAACUUCAGAGCUCUCUGCACUGGUGAGAAGGGUAUUGGUAAAUCCGGAAAGCCACUCCACUUCAAGGGUAGCUCUUUCCACAGAAUCAUUCCAAACUUCAUGCUCCAAGGUGGUGACUUCACCCGUGGUAACGGUACCGGUGGUGAGUCCAUCUACGGUGAGAAAUUCGCUGAUGAGAACUUCAAGUUAAAGCACACUGGUCCAGGUAUCUUGUCCAUGGCCAACGCUGGUCCAAACACCAACGGUUCCCAAUUCUUCGUCUGCACUGUUGAAACUGCCUGGUUGGACGGUAAGCACACCGUUUUCGGAAAGGUCGUCGACGGUUUGCCACUCGUCAAGGAAAUCGAAAAGAGAGGAUCCCAAUCCGGAAAGCCAUCCGCUGUUGUCACCAUCGCUGAUUGUGGUCAACUCGAGUAA